AUGGGGCAGCGCGCAUCGGACACACGAGCAGUAACAUUCGAAGAUGUUCGAGUACCAAAAUCGCAGAUGAUUGGCGGACCGGGUGAAGGCUUCAAAAUUGCCAUGAGAACUUUCGAUACCACCAGGCCUUUGGUAGCAGCAAUGGCCGUUGGAUUAUCGGCACGUUGUCUUGACGAAGCUAGCAAAUAUGCGCUAGAAAGAAAGGCAUUUGGUACACAAAUUGCUAAUCACCAGGCGCUCGAACUGGAAAAUUUUUUGAAACAAUGA